AUGACCUUUACGAUCGUGUUCCCAAAUGUUCCUGCGGCGCCCGGUAUGCCCUGCGCUGGCGAAGACCGAAGCAUAUACAGGAGAGGCGCGAGACGAUGGAGAAAACUAUACCGCGUCAAUGGCCACAUCUUCCAGGCGAAACGCUUCAAUAGGAGGGCGUUUUGCGCCUUCUGCCAGGACCGCAUCUGGGGUCUCGGGCGGCAGGGCUUCAAGUGCAUCCAGUGCAAGCUGCUCGUGCACAAGAAGUGCCACAAGCUGGUGCAGAAGCCGUGCUCCAACGAGCACGUGGACCCGGUCGAGGUCAAGGAGGACGCGAACGGCGAGAGUACCCUGGGUAGGGUUUCCUCCGUCAGGUCGCGUGCAGAGCCCGAGCCACUGCCGGAAACACCGCCGGCCCCAGCGCCGGCGCGCGCCGAAGAUUUGGAGCCCGGCUCUCAGCGCCAGUACUCGCUCGAGGACUUCGAGCUGAUACGCGUCAUCGGGCGGGGUUCUUACGCCAAGGUGCUAAUGGUCGAGCUGAAGCGGACCAAGCGCGUGUACGCGAUGAAGGUGAUCAAGAAGGCGCUGGUGACGGACGACGAGGACAUCGACUGGGUGCAGACGGAGAAGCACGUGUUCGAGACCGCCUCGAACCACCCGUUCCUGGUGGGGCUGCACUCUUGCUUCCAGACGCCGAGCAGGCUGUUCUUCGUGAUCGAGUUCGUGCGCGGCGGCGAUCUAAUGUUCCACAUGCAGCGGCAGCGGCGGCUGCCCGAAGAGCACGCGCGCUUCUACGCGGCGGAGAUCUCCCUCGCGCUCCACUUUCUCCACGAGCGGGGCGUCAUCUACCGCGACCUGAAACUGGACAACGUGCUGCUGGACCACGAGGGCCACAUCAAGCUCACCGACUACGGAAUGUGCAAGGAGGGCGUGCGCCCCGGCGACACGACGUCCACGUUCUGCGGCACGCCGAACUACAUCGCGCCGGAGAUCCUGCGUGGCGAGGAGUACGGCUUCUCGGUGGACUGGUGGGCGCUGGGCGUGCUCACGUACGAGAUGCUCGCCGGCCGCUCGCCGUUCGACAUCGCGCAGGCGGCCGACAACCCGGACCAGAACACGGAGGACUACCUGUUCCAGGUGAUCCUGGAGAAGACGAUCCGCAUACCGCGCUCCCUGUCGGUGAAGGCGGCCUCCGUGCUGAAGGGCUUCCUGAACAAGAACCCAGUGGAGCGGCUGGGCUGCGGGGAGGGCGGAUUCCUGGACAUCGUCAACCACCCCUUCUUCAAGAGCAUCGAGUGGGAGAUGCUGGAGCAGAAGCAGGUGGUGCCGCCGUUCAAGCCGCGGCUGGAGGGCGAACGCGACUUGGCCAACUUCCCACCCGAGUUCACCGACGAGCCAGUCCACUUGACACCCGACAACGAUACGGUGAUAGCGGACAUCGACCAGUCGGAGUUCGAGGGCUUCGAGUACGUGAACCCGCUCCUGAUGUCGCUCGAGGACUGCGUG